GAAGGUGGAAGAAGACUACAAAAAUAAAACCCUUCUUUUCCCCAUUUCUCUGUUUCUGUGCCAACGAAUUCAGAGACAAAAAACAAACCUAAAUUGAAGGAGAAAAAAAAUGGGAAGAAGAUAGUAAAAACACCAACAAAUAGAACCUUCUCAAUCUCCUUAUUAUUCUGCUUCUCACGUUCCCUUUUCUUUUAACAUUUCUCAUUUUGCUUCUUGUUUCUUUAAUCCCUUCUCUUCCAUUGUAUUUAACCCCCAUUUCUCACCAUUUCUUCGUUUUUUUGACUUGGGUCAUUCUGUUUUAUCAUUUCGAGGAAGAAUCGCCAUCUGGGUAUUUUAUUGUACCUCGAUCCGAUUUCUUUUUGGACCUACCCACCAACGCUUUUCACGAUUCCACACUCUCCCUCUCUCUGUGUCUUUCUUUUUGUUUCUGGGUCGCAGAGAAAGGGAGCUAACUUCAACGAGAGAUCUGUAACUCCUUUAUCUGUUCUGGUAUUUUAUGAGGUGAAUUGAACGUGGAGAUCCUUUUUCUUUUUUGGAACCAUUGCUCCUUUCGCUUUUUUGAAGGCUAUCAUGGGAGGCUGUGUAUCAACACCAGCAAAAAAUAUUAAAACUCGGAAGAAACUGCAUCAUCAGUUUGGAAAAUAUGGUAGAAAGAUUUCCAGUUCGAUCCCAAGAGCUAUCAUAAAAAGAAAGAGCAAUGCAGGAAAUAGGGUCACUGAUUAUGCUGUCAGUGAGUUUGUUCAUAUGGAUUUGGAGAGCGGUGCAACCACUACUUGUAGAAGAUCAGAAGUUUCUAAUUCAACAUUCCAUCUCACUCAGUUGCAAUGGCUACAUAGUCAGUAUGAUGCAAACACAAUUGGCCAAGAUGAAGCUUGGUUUGACUCUGUCAGUGUUCUGGACUCCGAUUCAGAUGAUGAAUUCAGCAGUUUGCAUGGAGAUGGUUUUCCAUCCAUGGGAAAUACAACUGGGAACAUCUCAAAUGGCCAAGUGGUUCAGUAUGAAAGAUCGUCAUGCUUUCUAGAUAAUAAGUGCAAAUAUGAAGAAUACCAUGAAAGCUAUCUGAAAAUAGAUGGAGGAAAACCAGAAAGUAUCAUGAACAAGGAUGAGUAUGGUUUUGGUCUGAUGGGCAGCCAAGGUAAUGAAAUUUCCAGCAAGAAGAGAUCGAUGUUAGAUCAUUCUUAUGGCAGCUUCAAAGGUCUAAAAGAGGAUUGGCGUAAUUCUGUAGAGAAGAAUCAAGAGACUAUUAUUAAGUCGGCCUUACCACGUAUGGUUCCUUCUAUAAGUUUCAAUGAGAAGAUUCUGAAUCCUCAGAUUCCUCAGGGACAUAAAAAGCAGUCAGCAGUUUUCAGGCUUUCGUUUAAGAGACGGUCAUGUGAUGGAGAAGAAACCAUAGAAAAAUGCCAAUCAAAGAAGUACCUAUUCCGUCCCAGAGCUGGACAUAUACCAUGUUUUUCAGGAGAGAAAACACCCCCAGGAAGCUGGUCCGAGAUUCCACCAUCAACUUUCAAACUUCGUGGCGAAAGCUACUUCAAAGAUAAGAAGAAAUAUCCUGCUCCAAAUACCAGUCCUUAUGUUCCAAUUGGCGUUGAUUUAUUUAUGUGUCCCAAGAAAAUCAAUCACAUUGCACAAUACCUGGAGCUUCCUUCGGUAAAAUCUGAUUCAAAAGUGCCUCCACUACUCAUUGUAAACAUUCAGUUGCCUAUUUAUCCUGCUGCAAUGUUCUUGGGUGAUAGUGAUGGGGAGGGAAUGAGUCUUGUUUUAUAUUUCAAAGUAUCUGAGAAGUUUGAUAAGGACAUCUCCCUUCAUUAUCAGGAAAGUAUCAAGAAAUUGGUUGAUGAUGAGAUGGAAAAAACCAAAGGAUUUACAAAAGAUUCUACUGUUCCAUUCAGGGAAAGGCUAAAGAUUAUGGCAGGGGUGGUUAAUCCAGAGGAUCUUCAUUUGAGCUCCACCGAAAGGAAGCUUGUUAGUGCUUAUAAUGAAAAACCUGUCCUCUCACGGCCUCAGCACAAUUUUUACAAGGGCCAAAAUUACUUUGAGAUUGAUCUAGACAUUCACCGUUUCAGUUACAUAUCAAGAAAGGGACUUGAAUCGUUUCGAGAACGUUUAAAACAUGGAAUACUUGAUCUGGGUCUAACCAUCCAGGCACAAAAACCCGAAGAACUGCCAGAGCAAGUUCUCUGUUGUGUGAGGCUGAAUAAAAUUGAUUUUAUAGAUCAUGGACAGAUACCUACAUUAGUGACCCUCGAUGAAGACUAAUACUGGGUCGCUGACCAUACGGUACAUUCCUCAAUUUGGUACAACAUGUCACUCAAGCGGCUCAAUGAAGGCGGGCAAAUGACAUCCAUCCAACCUUUUGGUCCUACCAUAUAAUCCAAAAGAUCCUUCAGUUUUGUCCAAUGAAUCAUUUUUUUCUCCUUUCUAGCCCAUAGCUUCUACCAAUAAAGAAGCAAGCCUUCACUGGCAAUGCCUCAGAUGUGCUGUCGCAAACUUACCACCAUUCCUUUUCUCUCUGUAUAUGUUUAUUUUGUCGUCGUAAUAUCGAGACCCUGAGAAUUUGUAUGCCAUCCCGAUCUGGGCAUAGAGCUCAACCGGCCGAGUCGUAGCAACCUUUCUUGCUGAUCAUAAAUUCAAAUCCUCCGACCUAUUGUUUGAAUUGUUAUGUGUAAAAAGAAUGUAUGCAAUGACUUGUGUACAAUUAUUAUGUGAUCAAUUAACUGAAAUAUUCUUCAA